AUGGGACCUAAACUACCGCCUCCUCCCCCUCCUUCAGGCGGUCCGGAUAAGCGUCUGAACAAUAUUAGUAAUAAUAAGCCAAAUAAUAAUGUAAAUAGAAAGACUUCACAUCAACCACCUCCACCUCCGCCAGGCAUGAACAAUUCAAGAGCUAGACCUCCACCACCUCCUUCAAAUUCGGUUUCAUCUAAUUCAAGGAUAAAAAGACAACCGCCACCACCUCCUCCGCCAGGUAUAGCAUCGGCCAAAGCUAACAUCAAAAGGUCAUCGGCCGCGAUAGUAACGAAAGAUGAAUUACAGGCCAGAAAAAAGAGAUGGUUACAAAUUCAAAAAAAUAGAUAUUCGGCAACAGUAAAAUCGAAUAGUAAGAAAUCGGGAGGUUUGGUUCAUCCUACCAAAGUUGACAUGCCACCUGAACACUUGCGAAAGAUCAUGUUCGACCACGGCGACCUAUCGUCGAAAACAUUUGCCUCAGAUAAAAGAUCGCAUUUAGGGUCAUUAAAGUACGUACCUCAUGCAAUUCUUAAAUUGUUGGAAAACAUGCCUCAACCAUGGGAACUGACUAAAGAUGUCAAAGUUUUAUAUCACAUCACAGGUGCUAUAACAUUUGUGAACGAAAUUCCUAGAGUUAUUGAACCUAUUUACACAGCACAAUGGGCAACAGCUUGGAUCAUGAUGCGAAGGGAAAAAAGAGAUAGAAAACACUUCAAAAGGAUGAGGUUUCCACCUUUUGAUGAUGAAGAGCCUCCAUUAGACUGGAUGGAGAACAUAGAAGAUGUAGAACCUUUAGAUGGUAUUCAAUUGGAACUUAAUGAAAUUAAAGACAAGAGUGUAUUUGACUGGUUUUAUGAUGAAAAGCCAUUGAUUGAAGAUUUAAAGGUGGUCAAUGGAGAAUCAUAUAAAAAAUGGAAUCUUGAUUUGCAAACUAUGGCUAAUCUUUAUAAAUUAUCCACGCCAUUGUUACCCGACGUGACAGAUCCAAAUUACUAUUAUCUUUUUGACAAGGCUUCUUUUUUCACAUCGAAAAGUUUAAACAUUGCUCUUCCUGGGGGUCCAAAAUUCGAGCCACUCUAUAAAGACAAAAUUAAUAACCCAGAAAUAGAAGAUUUUACGGAAUUUAAUUCAAUUGAUAGAAUUAUCUUUAGAAUACCCAUAAAAUCGGAAUAUAAAGUUGCAUUCCCAUUUUUAUAUAACUCAUUCACAAAACUGAUUUAUGUUGGUUGGUAUCAUGAACCGUUAAAUUGUUUUAUUAAAAAUUCGAGUGAAGACACAGGUCUACCAGCAUUUCGUUUUGAUCCUGCUUUAAAUCCAAUUACGCCCCAUAAGCUGAAACAGAAGCACAAAAAUAUCAAGAAAGAAGACAUGAGUUUUGAUUUGCCAAUAGACUUUAAACCGUUCAUGUCGCACGACCGGGAUUGUAAAUUACCAUUAGACCCAGAAGGUACAUCAUCAGCAAUCCAGUUAUGGUGGGCACCAUUUCCAUAUAACCGAAGAAGUGGAAGGAUGGUUAGAGCGGAAGAUGUUGCUCUUGUUAAACCUUGGUAUAAACAGCAUCCACCAACAGAAUACCCUGUUAAAGUUCGGGUUUCCUAUCAGAAACUUUUAAAAAAAUACAUCUUAAAUGAACUACAUAAUCCUCAAGGAAAUAAGACUGGUUCUAAAAUGAGUAACCAAAGGAAAAUUAAAUUGUUGAAAAACUUGAAAGCUACUAAAUACUUUCAACAAACUACGAUAGACUGGGUAGAAGCAGGUUUGCAAGUAUGUCGCCAGGGUUUCAACAUGCUUAAUCUAUUGAUACACAGGAAAGGUCUUACGUAUUUACAUCUUGAUUAUAAUUUCAAUUUAAAACCAACGAAGACAUUGACUACGAAGGAGCGUAAGAAGUCAAGAUUUGGUAACGCAUUUCAUUUAAUCAGAGAAAUAUUAAGGGUUGUCAAAAUUUUGGUUGAUUCGCAAGUCCAAUUUAGGUUAGGGAAUGUGGAUGCAUUUCAAUUAGCAGAUGGUAUAUAUUAUAUCUUGAAUCACUUGGGGCAAUUAACCGGGAUUUAUCGUUAUAAGUAUAAAGUAAUGCAUCAGAUAAGAGCAUGCAAAGAUUUAAAGCACGUUGUUUAUUCAAGAUUUAAUUCUAUUAUUGGUAAAGGACCUGGCUGUGGAUUUUGGCAACCCGCAUGGAGAGUUUGGUUAUUUUUCAUGCGAGGAAUAAUACCUCUAUUAGAAAGAUGGCUUGGAAAUUUAUUGGCAAGACAGUUUGAAGGUAGAAGGAGCAAUGAUGUUGCUAAAACAAUUACAAAGCAACGUGUUGAUUCAUAUUAUGACUUGGAAUUAAGAGCCCAAGUCAUGCAUGACAUAUUAGAUAUGAUUCCUGAAGGAUUGAAGCAAAAUAAAUCACGAACAGUUUUACAACAUUUAAGUGAAGCAUGGAGAUGUUGGAAGGCUAACAUUCCAUGGAAGGUCCCAGGAUUACCCGAGCCCAUAGAGAAAAUCAUCAUAAGAUAUAUCAAAGCCAAGGCAGAUGGGUGGAUUUCUGUAGCGCAUUAUAACAGAGACCGCAUUAGAAGAGGGGCGACUGUCGAAAAAACAGUCGCUAAGAAAAAUUUAGGACGUUUGACAAGAUUAUGGAUUAAGAAUGAACAGGAGCGACAAACUAACUUUGCCAAGGAUGGGCCAUAUGUAUCCCCUGAUCAUGCAAUCACGACAUUCCAAACGAUGGUACAUUGGUUGGAAAGUAGGAAAUUCAGUCCAAUUCCUUUUCCACCUAUAUCUUAUAAGCAUGAUACUAAAUUAUUAGUAUUAGCGUUGGAAAAUUUGAAAGAAAGUUACAAUGCUAAUGCUCGUAUGAACUCAGCUCAAAGAGAAGAAUUGGCAUUGAUUGAACAGGCUUAUGACAACCCACACGAAUGUCUUGCAAGAAUAAAAAAGUUCUUAUUAACUCAGAGAGUAUUUAAAGAGGUUGGUUUAGAAAUGAUGGAUUACUACAGUCAUUUAGUGCCAACAUAUGCUAUAGAUCCACUUGAAAAAAUUACAGAUGCUUACCUUGAUCAAUAUUUAUGGUAUGAAGCUGAUAAAAGAAAGCUUUUCCCAAAUUGGAUUAAACCAAGUGAUGAUGAGAUUCCUCCAUUACUUACUUACAAAUGGUGUCAGGGAAUCAACAAUUUGGAGAAUGUUUGGGAAACUUCUAAUGGUGAAUGUAACGUUAUGUUAGAAACUUCAUUAAGCAAAAUGGCGGAAAAGAUUGAUUUCACCUUGUUGAAUAGGUUAUUGAGGUUGAUAGUGGAUCCUAAUAUCGCGGAUUAUAUUACGUCGAAGAACAAUGUUAGCUUGACCUAUAAAGACAUGAACCAUGUUAAUCAGUAUGGGUUAAUUCGUGGUUUGCAAUUCUCAUCGUUUGUUUAUCAGUAUUAUGGUUUAGUGAUUGAUCUUUUGAUUCUAGGAUUAGAUAGAGCUAGCGAAUUGGCCGGACCUCCUCAACUUCCGAAUGGAUUUCUUCAAUUUAAAGAUGUUGAAACUGAGACAUCAAGUCCAAUUAGGUUAUAUUCUCGUUAUAUUGACAAGAUUCAUAUCUUCUUUAGGUUUGAUAAUGAAGAUGCAAAUAGCUUGAUACAAGAGUAUCUUUCGGAAAAUCCUGAUCCCAACUUUGAAAAUGUGGUUGGGUAUAAUAAUCGUCGUUGCUGGCCUAGAGAUUCAAGAAUGAGAUUAAUGAGACAUGAUGUUAACCUUGGAAGAGCGGUAUUUUGGGAGAUUGCUGGUCGUAUUCCAAGAUCUUUGACAACAAUUGAAUGGGAAGAUACAUUUGCUUCAGUGUAUUCAAGAGAGAACCCUAACUUAUUGUUCUCUAUGUGUGGAUUUGAGGUAAGAAUUUUGCCAAAAUGCCGUAUUCGUGACGAAUCAUCAUCACAGGAAGGUGUAUGGGAUUUGAUAGACCAAGAAAGUAAAGAAAGGACUGCAAAGGCUUUUCUUCAGGUCAGUCAGGAUGAAGUAGAAAAGUUCAAUAAUAGAAUCCGUCAAAUUUUGAUGUCUUCCGGAUCUACUACCUUUACAAAGGUCGCAGCAAAGUGGAACACGGCCUUAAUCGCCCUUUUUGCGUAUUUCAGGGAGGCCGCUGUUUCUACAGAAUCAUUACUCGACAUCUUAGUCAAAUGUGAAACAAAAAUCCAGAACAGGGUUAAAAUGGGAUUGAACUCUAAAAUGCCAUCGCGUUUUCCACCAGCUGUUUUCUAUACACCAAAAGAGUUAGGUGGACUCGGCAUGUUGAGUGCUUCUCACAUUUUAAUUCCUGCUUCUGAUUUAAGAUGGUCAAAACAAACGGAUACAGGUAUAACCCAUUUUAGAGCUGGAAUGAAUCACCAGGAAGAAAAGAUGAUACCAACAAUCUUUAGAUAUAUUACAACAUGGGAAAAUGAAUUUUUGGACUCACAGAGAGUUUGGGCCGAAUAUGCUAUUAAGCGUCAAGAAGCUAUAGAACAGAAUCGUCGUCUUACGUUUGAGGAUAUGGAAAGUAACUGGAAUAGAGGUUUGCCUCGUAUUAGUACGUUGUUCCAAAAGGAUAGACAUACUUUAGCAUAUGACAAGGGUCACAGAAUCCGUAGGGUAUUUAAACAAUUUAGUUUACCGAGGUUCAACCCAUUUUCUUGGACCAGCAGUCAUCAUGAUGGUAAAUUAUGGAAUCUCAAUGCUUAUAGAACUGAUGUUAUUCAAGCUUUGGGUGGUAUCGAGACUAUCCUAGAACAUACAUUAUUCCAAGGUACUGGCUUUGAUUCUUGGGAAGGCCUUUUUUGGGAGAAAGCGUCGGGUUUUGAAGACUCAUUGAAAUUUAAGAAGUUAACAAAUGCCCAAAGGUCUGGCUUAAGUCAAAUCCCCAAUCGUCGUUUCACCUUGUGGUGGUCACCUACGAUCAAUCGUGCGAAUGUUUAUGUUGGGUUCUUAGUGCAACUAGAUUUAACAGGUAUAUUUUUACAUGGUAAAAUUCCAACUCUUAAAAUAUCAUUGAUUCAAAUAUUCCGAGCUCAUUUGUGGCAGAAAAUCCAUGAAAGUGUAGUUCAGGAUGUUUGCCAGGUAUUAGAUAAAGAACUAGAGGUUUUGCAAAUUGAUAGUGUUGAAAAACAAGCAAUUCACCCACGUAAGUCUUAUAAAAUGAACUCAUCUUGUGCGGAUAUUGUUCUUACAAGUACAUAUAAAUGGAACGUAUCAAGACCAUCACUUUUACAUGAUAGUAAUGAUUCAAUGGAUGCAGCGACUGCCAAUAAAUAUUGGAUUGAUGUGCAAUUGAGGUAUGGUGACUAUGAUUCCCAUGAUAUUUCAAGAUAUACUCGGGCUAAAUUCUUAGACUAUACAACAGAUAGUAGCAGUGCAUAUCCUUCUCCAACAGGUGCAAUGGUAGGUAUUGAUUUGGCAUAUAAUAUGUAUGAUGUCUAUGGUAAUUGGUUUUCUGGAUUUAAGCCAUUAAUGCAAAAUGCUAUGAAAGAGAUUAUGAAAUCUAAUCCAGCCUUAUAUGUUCUCAGAGAACGGAUACGUAAAGGCUUACAGUUAUAUCAAGCACAACCACAGGAAGCAUUUCUUAAUUCGAACAAUUAUGCUGAAUUGUUUAAUAAUGAUACUCAAUUAUUCAUAGAUGAUACCAACGUGUAUCGAGUAACUGUUCAUAAAACUUUUGAAGGUAACUUAACUACGAAGCCUAUCAACGGUUCGGUCUUUAUGUUAAAUCCUAAAACUGGACAAUUAUUUUUGAAGAUUAUUCAUACAUCAGUAUGGGCAGGCCAGAAACGUUUGGGACAGUUGGCAAAGUGGAAAACGGCAGAAGAAGUUGCUGCGUUGGUUCGUUCUUUACCAAGAGAAGAGCAACCAAAACAAUUAAUUGUUACUAGGAAGGGUAUGUUGGAUCCAUUAGAGGUUCAUAUGUUAGAUUUCCCAAAUAUAUCGAUAAGACCUUCAGAGCUCCACUUGCCUUUUGCAUCUGCAAUGAAAAUUGAUAAAUUGGCUGAUAUUGUCUUAAAAGCAAGCGAACCACAAAUGGUAUUAUUCAACUUGUAUGAUGAUUGGUUGAAAAGUAUUUCAGCCUAUACUGCUUUCUCGCGUAUAAUAUUACUAUUGAGAGCAUUGGGGAUUAGUCAAGAGCGUACCAAUUUGAUAUUACGCCCUGAUGCCAGUGUAAUCACUCAAGAGCAUCACAUAUGGCCCACAUUUACGGAUGAACAGUGGAUUGAUGUUGAAACUCAAUUACGUGAUUUGAUACUUAAUGAUUUUGCAAAGAAACAUGAUAUCAAUAUACAAUCUUUGACACAAUCUGAAAUUCGUGAUUUAAUAUUAGGUCAAGAUAUUAAGGCUCCAUCGACAAAGAGGCAAGAAAUUGCCGAUGUCGAAGGUUACAAUAAACUGGGCCAGGAUGAAAUAAAUAGUAAUAACCAGUUAACAGCAUUAAAGAGUAAGACUCAAAACGUACAUGGUGAAGAAAUUGUAACUGUCACAACAACAAAUUACGAGCAACUGUCAUUUGCAUCUAAGAACGAAUGGAGAAAUCGUGCCAUUGCGUCCAAUAAUUUGCAUUUACGUGCCAAAAAUAUAUACGUUCUGUCGGAUGACUUUAUUGAUGAUGAUAGUUUUACAUAUAUCAUGCCAAAAAAUUUAUUAAAGAAGUUCAUUCAAAUUUCAGAUUUACGGACUCAAGUGGGUGCAUUUAUUUAUGGAUCUUCACCUUCCGAUAACCCACAAAUUAAAGAAAUUAAAGUGAUUGCAUUAGUGCCUCAAUUGGCCAAUACUCAUUCGGUACAAUUUCCUUCUAAGCUUCCGCAACAAGAAGGCCCAUUGACGGGUUUGGAGCUUUUAGGGUGGAUUCACACUCAGUCUCAGGACACUAAUUUAUUAUCGCCAAUUGAUAUGGCUACACAAGCAAAGCUCAAGAACGAUAAUAAUUCCUUAUGGAGUGAUAAGGCUGUUACAUUAACUGUUUCGUUUACGCCAGGAUCAGUUUCUCUUGCGGCAUAUACCUUGUCAGGGGCAGGGUAUGAUUGGGCUUCAACAAAUAAGGAUUUGAUUUCACAAGCACCCGAAGGAUAUUCAGCAUCAUUUAGUCAGAAGAGCCUGUUAUUAUUGUCAGAUCGUAUUGUUGGACUCUUUAUGGUGCCUGAUGAUGAUAUAUGGAACUAUUCGUUUAUCGGCCCAGUUUGGGAUCCCAACGGUUUGUAUGAUUUAAAGGUUGAUAUUCCUCUUCCAUUCUAUCACGAAUUACAUAGGCCAAUUCAUUUUUCAAGUUUUAAUGAAGUUGAAGGAAAUGAGCUAGAAGCCAACCAGGAAAAUGUAUUUGCUUAA